AUGAAGCGCCCUCACAACGCUCCCAAAGCGGCGCAUAAGACGCACAAGCGGCAGAAACUCGAAAAAGCGCCCCAACCACCCUCGAACAAACCCAAGCGCAAAGUUCAGCUCCACGAGCUAGGAUGGAAGAACGUGUCAAUGCCUGAUCGCCUGGAAGACUUUGAAGGUUUCUAUGGCCUUGAAGAGAUUGACGAUGUUGCUCUGGUCAAGGACGCGGCGACGGGACGUAUCACGUUCGAGACUACGAAGACGGAGGAGGAAGUAGAGCAGGCGAUUGAAGAGACAAGGCAAUACUAUGAGGACGAGGCUCAGCGGUUGGAGGACGUCACCUUCGGGGCAGAGCCUGCGGACGUAAGUGAUGAAGAAGGAAAAGGAAAGGUUGAUGACGAUGAGUGGGAAGGGUUCAGCGACAAGGAAGUGCAGCUAGAAGCUAGAUUGAAGAAGCAGGAAGCCAAAGAAGCCGCAGAAAUACUAGCAGCGAAAGAGAAGGACGAAGAGGUGGACGAAGAAGAUAAGCCAGAGGUAGAGGAGGAAGAAGAAGAAGAAGGAGAAGAAGAAGUGGCAGAGGAUGAGGAUGAGGAUGAGGCAGAGGAUGCCGAGCAGCUCGACGAAACCGAGACACUCGGACAAGGCGCAUUCGAUAUACUGGCCAACCAGCCCGACGAUGACGACGAGGAGGUAGACGUUUCCGCUUGGAACGAAUUGGACUUGUCUACUGCGAUGUUGGACGCGUUGGCAAAGUUGAAGUUCGCCAACCCCACUGCCAUCCAGGCGGCCACGAUUCCUGAGAUCAUGGCGGGACGAGAUGUAAUCGGCAAAGCGUCAACAGGUUCAGGAAAGACUCUUGCGUUUGGUAUACCAAUAGUAGAGACGAUUCUUGCUGCUCGAUCAGCUUCGAAAGACUCGAAAGAAAGGGCUCCCACCGCCUUGAUCAUUGCGCCCACUCGUGAACUGGCGCAUCAGAUCACGGCGCAUUUGACUGCGCUAUGUGCUCAAGGAGACUUUGAUUCCCCGCUCAUUGCAUCGAUAACUGGUGGUCUUUCAGUGCAGAAGCAGCGCCGUCAGCUUGAAAAAGCAGACAUCGUUGUGGGUACACCAGGACGAUUGUGGGAGGUUAUCAGCAGCGGUCAAGGACUUUUGGCAGCAUUCAAAAAGAUUCGUUUCCUGGUUGUGGACGAAGCAGAUCGUCUGUUGAGCGAAGGACAUUACAAAGAGUUGGGCGAGAUCCUCAAGAUCCUUGAGCAAGACGACAACAUCCAAGGCGGCGCAACAGAAGCAAAUGACGACGCAGAAAUCGAACGCCAGACUCUCGUCUUCUCCGCAACUUUCCAGAAGAACCUCCAACAAAAGCUCGCUGGCAAGGCGACCAAAGGCGGUGGUGAUCUGCUAAACAAGCAACAAUCCAUGGAAUAUCUCCUCAAGAAACUCAACUUCCGCGAAGAAAAGCCAAAGUUCAUCGACGCCAACCCCGCCUCCCAAAUGGCAAGUGGCCUCCGCGAAGGCCUCAUCGAAUGUGCCGGCACAGAGAAAGAUCUCUACCUCUACUCCCUCCUGCUCUUCCACCCCAACAAGCGCGCCCUCAUCUUCACAAACUCCAUCUCCGCCGUCCGCCGCCUAACCCCCUACCUCGUAAACCUCAACCUCCCCGCCCUCCCCCUGCACUCCAACAUGCCGCAAAAAGCGCGCCUCCGCUCCAUCGAGCGCUUCAAAGAGCGCCCAGGCUCCAUCCUCGUCGCCACCGACGUCGCCGCCCGCGGCCUCGACAUCCCCGCCGUAGAACUAGUCGUCCACUACCACCUCCCGCGCGCCGCAGACACAUACGUGCACCGCUCCGGCCGCACCGCGCGCGCCGACGCCUCCGGGUCCAGCAUCCUGAUCUGCGCGCCCGAAGAAGUCGCCGGCGUGCGCCGCCUCGUCGCAAAAGUCCACGCCCGCGCCGACGACGCGCCCAAGAACAAGAAAACUGCCUUCUACAUACGUACCCUCGACAUCGACCGCCGCAUCGUCGCGCGCCUUAAGCCCCGCGCUACACUGUCUAAAACCCUCGCUGACGCUGUUAUUGCAAAGGAGAAGGAGAACUCCAAAGAUGAUGUGCUGCGCCAGGGCGCGGAGGAUCUGGGCAUCGACUUCGACGACGAGGAGUUCCAGGAGGAAGCUAAGGGGAAGCGGGGCCGGGGUGCGGGGCGCAAGAAGAAGGAGCGCGAGGCGAGGGAUAUGUCGAAGGGUGAACUGGGCGUUCUGCGCGCGGAACUCAAGGGUUUGCUUACGGAGCGGAUUAAUACGGGGGUUAGUGCGAGGUAUUUGACUAGUGGGGGUAUUGAUAUUAAUGCGCUGAUGGCUGGAGAGGGUAAUUUGGGGUUUUUGGGUACGGUGGAUGGGCUGGGGUUCGAUGAUGGGACGUAG